AGAUAAACACUUAAAAAAGAAAGAGAAAACACGCAUCAACCCCCUUCCUCGCAAGCAACAGGCAAUGGACUACAUGCAGCUCGAGUACCACAACCCCGCGGCGGAGCUGACACCGCAAGAGGUAGUGUUCAUCCAUCACGCGGCGGCAGCGAAGCGGCAGGAGAUCAUCGCCGCGGCCCGCGCACUCCGCCGCAUCAUCGAGAGUGGCGAAGGCAGCGCCGACUUGCACCGUGUGCUGGAGCGCUUCUCAGCCUCCGUGAACAUCACCCACAUCCCCAAGCGCUUCAUGGAGAAGACUCCGAUGGUGAGCACCACCCCAACUGCCGCCACCACCAGCCGCUCGAAGAAGCACCUACGCCGCUUCCACCGUGAGACGCACAAUCGCAACUACCUCCGCCGCCUGCACCGCCAGCGAAAGACAAGCGUGACGGAGAGCCACUUCUUUCAGGUGCCGUCCUCCCCGCUGCCCUUGUCCUUUGCGGCGCAGCAAGACAUCGAGCGGACGCAUGGCAGCCAGAGCCGCCGCCGGGGACCGACGGGCAGCGGGUACGCACCGCUCUUCACCAAGGCGAGUACAUCGCCCCUCGCGUCGCGUGAGCUGUCGCCGACGGAGCGGGCAUCCCUGCAGUUCCUCACGCCCGCGAAGCGCAGCCCGAAGACCGAGUCCCUGGCGCGCCACACCCCGUCGGACCCGAAAGCGCGGAUGCUGUUCAACGAGCCGAAGCGAAUGCCGAACCUACACCGCCGCGUGCCCCCCGAUUUCAAGGCGGCGUGUGCGGAGAGGUACACCUGCUGCUCCGAGAAUCACUGCACUGGUAACGGGGAGCGCGUGGCGCAGAACAGCGUCGCGUCGGUGAACACACCAUGGUACUAG